AUGUUACAACACUAUCGAGAUUUUGUAAAUAAUCUAUCUAUCUAUCUAUCUAUCUAUCUAUCUAUCUGUCUAUCUAACCACAUCACUUUUCUACUGUUUCUGUUUCUAUUUCUAUCUAUCUAUCUAUCUAUCUAUCUAUCUAUCUAUCUAUUCUAUCUAUUCUUAUAUCUAUCUAUCUAUCUAUCUAUCUAUCUAUCUAUCUAUCUAUCUAUCAAUCUCUGUUCAAAUCUAUCUAUCUCAUUCUCUUCCAUAUCUAUCUAUCUAUCUCAUUAUGUUUCUUGUAUAUCUUCUAUAUCUGUUCAAGUCUAUCUAUCUAUCUAUCUAUCUAUCUAUCUAUCUAUCUAUCUAUCUCAUUCUGUUCAUUAUCUAUCUAUCUAUCUAUCUAUCUAUUUAUCUAUCUAUCUCAUUCUCUUUCUUACCUAUCUAUCAAUCUAUCUAUCAUUCUCAGCCUCUCUUCAUUCUGUUUCUAUUUAUCUCAAUUUCUAUCUAUCUAUCUAUCUACUUCAGCCUGUUCAUUAUCUAUCUAUCUAUCUAUCUUUCUAUCUACUUCAGUCUGUUCAUUAUCUAUCUAUCUAUCUAUCUAUAUCAGUCCAUUCAGAUAUCUAUCUACUUCAGUCUGUUCACUAUCUAUCUAUCUAUCUAUCUAUCUAUCUAUCUAUCUAUCUAUCUAUCUAUCUAUCUCAUAUCUAUCUAUCUCUAUCUAUCUAUAUAUCUAUCUAUGUAAAUCAUCCUCCGUUUAUAUCUAUCUAUCUAUCUAUCUAUCUAUCUAUCUAUCUAUCUAUCUAUCUAUCUAUGCCUCAUGUACUCAUAUCUAUCUAUGUCAGUUUGGUCAUUAUCUAUCUAUCUAUCUAUCUAUCUAUCUAUCUAUCUAUCUGUCUGUCUGUCUCAGUUUCGUCCUUAUCUAUCUAUCUAGCUAGCUAUCUAGCUAUUCGAUGUAUAUCUGUCUAUCUAUGUCUAUUCAUCUCUUUCUCUCUCUCUCUCUCUCUCUCUCAUCACUCUCAUUCUAUCUAUAUCUAUCUCAGUUCUCAGUUUGGUUUGGUAUCUAUCUAUCUAUCUAUCUAUCUAUCUAUCCGUCGCUCGCAAGCCUGCAUUCAUAUCCUAUACAUUCUGUAUGCUACUAUGAGCGUGCAUCUGCCUCAUCAUUCUCUCUUUCUAAAAUAUAAUUCGUUUUUAUUAAAACCCCCCGAUGUUCAAAAACAUUUCCAUGGCAAAAAUUACAUUUUGCCUCCCGAACUUAAUUGCACCUUGUCAGGUAACUCUCAAUUUUCUUGGCCGCUUAUUUGCAUCAAUUUGUCUAUCUGUAGGCCAGGGCGAAAUAAAAUGAUCGAUCAAUAA